AUGAUGACCUUGGAUGAUAAAACUACUCGGAUUCGUGCCUAUAUAAAUGAAAAGCUCGAAAGUAGCGGGGAGAAAGAGAAGCUGAAAGACCUUUUACGUACUCGUUUAGGCGAAAGUGGCUGGAAAGAAACACUAAAAAGCCAUUGUCGGGAUGUUAUACGAGAUCGUGGACUGGAAAAUGUUACAGUUGAUGACUUGGUAGCUGAAAUCACUCCAAUUGGUCGUAGAAUGGUACCAGAUGCUGUAAAAGAAGAAUUAUUGGAAGAAAUUCGAAGUUUUUUAAGCAAAGAAACAGAAAUAUUGUGAUUGUUUAAUUAAAUCACCUCCAACUACACAUAUAUAUAUAUAUACGCCUUCUUUGAAACUGGUAGAUAUAUUUGUAUGUAUAUCUUUCGUUUCCUUUUUAUAUAUUCCUUGAAAGACGAUGAAUAAAUUUGGGGAGCUUAACUGGUUAAAAGUUUAUUUAGGUAGUAUAUAUAUAUAAAUAUAAAUUUGUAAAUUUUCAAUUUUCCAACACAAAUGGAAAAUGACAAAUGCCGU